AUGUCCUCAAUCGACGCGAGUGACGAACGCAAGGUCAAGAAACGGAUCUUCAACUCCUCGAUCGAAGACAAACGGCUGCAUUGGUCCCGACUGCACCGUUUUAAGACCACACAUCGGCUGUAUAUAUAUCUCAUCAGUUCGCUGGCCGUUCUUCAAUUCAUCGCCAUAGCAUUUUUUGCCAGAGGUUUCCUACUCACUCGUAAUGUCCUCGACAACGUGGCCUCCCACAGCCCGGUGGAACCCAAGUUCGACAAAUGCGUCAUUUUGGUCAUCGAUGCCCUGAGAUUCGAUUUCACGAUCCCAGUCGAUUUGAAUGACCCCGGCUACAACGCCAACCACCACAACAAUCUGGACGUGUUCAACAACCACACAACCGACCAUUCGUCGCUGUUGUUGAAAUUCAUCGCAGACCCUCCUACCACUACUUUGCAGCGACUAAAGGGCCUCACCACCGGAUCGCUACCGACAUUUAUAGAUGCUGGCUCAAAUUUCGAUGGCUCCGUAAUAGACGAGGACAAUUUCAUCAAACAACUGUUUUUGAACAACAAGACCGUCAAUUUCGCGGGUGACGACACCUGGGAUGCUCUGUUCAGACCUUUUUUGUCUCCUCAAAGCGAGCCCUUCGAGUCUCUCAACGUGUGGGAUCUGGACACGGUCGACAACGGCGUUAUAAACUAUUUUGAAAAUCAUUUAUUGAACGAUACCGCUGCCUCUGAAAACUGGGAUGUUUUAAUCGGACACAUGCUGGGCAUCGAUCACGUCGGCCACAAAUACGGUCCCAACCAUUUCACCAUGAGGGAAAAGCAAUUGCAGGCUAACAGGUUUAUCAAGCGGAUUUGCGAUCGCAUUGACGACAAAACGCUCUUGGUUGUCAUGGGAGAUCACGGAAUGGAUCAUACUGGAAAUCAUGGGGGCGACUCCAAAUCAGAGCUUGAAGCCGCACUCUGGCUUUACUCUAAGCAGCCAGAUAUGUGGAGCCAUCUAUCACCGGACCAUUAUGACACCACGUCUUUGGGCGAAAAUUACCGUCAUGUUAACCAGAUUGACCUGGUCUCAACCCUUUCUUUACUCCUAGGACUUCCCAUCUCUUUCAAUAACUUAGGCUGGCCCAUUCACGAAAUUGCAUCUACAGCAGAAGAAUUGAAGCUGUACCAUGAGAUUACACUGAACCAAAUAAAAAACUAUAGCGACGUGAGCGGUGUGAUCACAAAUUUUGACAAAGCGAAGCAUUUACAAGACCUGUGGGAGAAAUUCAUAACUGAUACAUCGACCGCUUCCGAGUACCAAAGAUACUUUCUAGAGUCUUGUAAGGAUCUAUGGGCCAGAUUCGAUUAUUGGAGCAUUGCAGUGGGCAUUAUAUUUCUUGCCACAUCCUUAAUACUGUUGAUCAUUAUCACCAAACUUGUACCUUCAAUUGUCAUUGGACAGAUGGUCUCAGAGUUCGUCCCAACAAUCGCAAUUAUGACGUUGGUGUCAAACGUAUGUUUUAACGGAAUUUUCCACGUCCUACAUCAGCCUGUGUUUUUCCAAAAUUGGAUUUGGUGUACUCUAUUUGCGACAGCCGUGGGGAUCAGCGUGGGGUGCUUUCUCACCAUAUUUGAUCGCUACACUACAGCGUGGAUCGGAAGAAAGUUUUUGGAGGAUCUUUCCGAUUACUGGUCUCGAAUCGCAGCUCUUUUCAUCACAUUACAUGCUAUUCUUUUUACUUCGAAUUCGUUUACCAUUUGGGAAGAUAGAAUCGUGAGCUUUUUGCUUGCCACCUUGGGCAUGUUGACAUUAUAUGAAUUUGUGUUUCUGCCCAAAAGACGUUUGACAACUGCUCUUCUAGCAGCUGCGAUGGGGGAAGAAAAGACCUCUUCACAAAAAAAACAGCCGCUCGAUUCUGAAUCAUCACCGCUUGGCAGAUUCGCUCGUCUUGUUGGAGGCUAUCACUCGAUAGUAUUGAUAACUUGCACGAGGCUGUCUUCCAUGAUUACUAUUUGUCGAGAGGAACAGGGUGAAUUUUGCAAGCCAACAUUCACAACAGCAAACAACUACUCCUAUUGGUGUCUACUGCUAUGCUUGACCGCUGUCGCGUUUCUGCCUUCAUGCUUGAAAGGUUACUACAAUAUUUGCUCGUCGUACCAAGCGGCGGCUCCGAUCUGGAUCGGUCAAUUUCUACGCUGGGUGCUGUUGACCAAUUUUGUUUACUGGUCAAUAUGCGCAAUGGAGAAUAAUAUUCCAGAAUUAGCCUGGGAUUUCAAAAUAUUCAAGCUCACAAUAUCCAGAAUUGUCGCGGGGUUCUCUCUUAUAGCUGCCAAUGUCGGCUGGAUGAUGGGGCCAUUAUGUGUGAAACUGAACAUUCACAACAACGACGUUAAAUCUCAACAAGCCACAAUUCUAGGAUAUGCUAACGUUUAUGGCUCACAGUUCUUCUUAUUGGUCAUCAAUUUCUUCAUGUGCAUCAUGUUGUUUAACAAGCCUCUCGCUCAGAUUUCUCUCUUUCUGAUGUGCAAUCAACUGUUGUCAAUUAUCGAGAUCGUCGAUCUUUUGAAACUGAAGGAAAACCUUAUUGGCUCUGUGUCCCUUGGGCUACUUGCAUAUCAGCAGUUUUUCUCCACGGGCCAUCAGGCAACAAUACCAGCUGUGCAAUGGGACGUUGGGUUCGUACUUACGGAGCGCAUAACCUUCCCGCUCACGCACCUGGGCAUUGUUAUGAAUACUUUUGGACCUCACAUCAUUGUUGCUCUGUCAGUUGCACUUCUGACGCUUUGGAAACAGCCACCAACAGUUUUGAAGCCCCAGACUCUUCUUGCCCGAGUAGUUUCAAACUGUGGUAUGCUUUUGAUCUACAACACUGUUCUGUGUUUAAGCUCGUUUGUGUGGGUGACACAUUUUAGACGACACCUGAUGGUGUGGAAGAUUUUUUGCCCAAGGUUUAUGUUCGCGAGCUUAAGCUUGAUAGUAUUCCAAGUAACAAUUACUCUCGUUACUAUAGCAUUCGCAAGCGGCAGACUGAUCAGACAGAUCAACAACUUAUUCUGGGCGUGA